AUGACUAAAUCCCCGACGAGUGACGAUAGCGGCCCUCCGGCGGCGCUGGACGGACCAAAGCAGGCCGACGCCGGGAUAAACCCGACGACCAAGCCGACGGCCGGGGGCAGUAAGCCGAGGUCAAGGUCGGGAUGUAUAACAUGCAAAGCUAAACACUUAAAAUGUGACGAGACGAAGCCGGAAUGCAAGGUGUGUACCAGUAAGGGCUGGGCCUGUGGCGGCUACCAGCGCGAGCUCAGAUGGUCUUAUAAGCAUGAGCGAAAGACCAAGGGCGGCGCCCGCGGGAAGGCAAGGGCGGCUGCAAAGGCACGGGGAAGUCAGGCGAGCGGAACUUCAGCAGGUUCGAUGACGCAGAUUCCAGGAGUAUCCGAGUUUACUCUUGGAGACUUGAGCCUGGACUUGGUAUCCGAUUCAUUGGACCCUAGAGUGCCCACCGCGGGCCCGUCAUUCGGGUUUAUUGACUACGGCUGGGGCGACGAUGAUCAACCCGACAUACCAGCUCAACCCAGGAUGAUGGAUCCGUCCGAAGAUGUUGGCGCAUGGGGACUUCAAAGCCCCUCGUCAAACUUGAUCGUUCCAAUGAUGGUGAAUCAAUCGGAUGCCCCGGAAUAUUUGCCAGAAGAAGAAGUCGAAGUCAUACCAGAAACUGGUACUGAAUUGACUUUGGCAAUUGCCCAAAAACCCCAGGAAUAUCCCACCACGAUCCCACCGCCCAUCACUCAUGUUCCUUCAGUCCUCAUCACCCAGUGGUUUAAAAGCGUUUGCUCGGUAUGGUCUGCAUACGACUCGAAUAUGAAUCUCAACCGUAUCCUCGCUACGUCACUUUGGUCAGAAUCAGAGGCAGUCUCGGCCUGCCUUCAGAGCAUGUCAGCAUCAUUCUUGGCCACACGAAUCCCCUAUAUGCGGCAGACAUCCCUCACUAUGAUGAAGACGGCGACGAAAGCGAUCCACAACGAACUGGCGGUAGCAAGGAAUGUCACCUAUGCGGAUUCGAUCCCCACGGGCCUGUUGUUUUCACUAUUCUGCAUCGGCACCACUCUGUGUUGGAUAGACGCAGGGCAGCUUGGAAUACCCUUCUUGAGAGCGGCGAAAUCGUUGCUCGAUCAAGUCAAUCGACAACAACUAGCUCUUCACGAACAAGAUAACAAUAUCCUCAAUUUUUUCAACAAGAGUUGGGUGUACUGCGACAUGCUAUUGUCGGUAGUCAGCUACGACGAUUCACACGAGGAGGCACCCGAAGGCCUGGCAAUACCGAGUACUGAACCCAAACGAGCUGACGACAUACCACAUCCCUGGACAGGCAUCUCGACAACGGCAUCCACACUUUUCACGAGAGCAAUCAGACUGUGCCGCAGUUUCCGCCACAAUGUUAGAAAACAAACUCCCACGGCAGGGGAUAUUGAGAAGGUGCUGAAACAAAUGGAGGAGGCACCAAAGAUUGAGGAACAGUUGCUGCAACUCGAGUACGACUCAGUGGUGCCUUUGAGCGAGACUGGAGACCAGCAUACCCCUUGUAUGCACCUCGUGCAAGUUGCCGAAGCAUACAGAAUAGCGGCUUUGUUGCAGCUCUACCAGACAUUCCCGGACUUGGUUGCACUGCGGAUACCGGAUACUUCAUCGGCCUCGAAUCGUGGGCCAGUCCCUUGGGAAGAUUGGAUUGUACCCCUGAGUCUCCGAUUGAUCGAGAUCCUGGAACAUAUCCCUCCAGAGUCGGGCAGUCGGAUGGUUCAACCGCUCCUCUGCAUCACCGCCAGCACCGGACUCAGGCUCGACGUCCCAGCGAAUUCUUGGAGUGUCGGGUCUUGGCUGGAUAAUAUCACUGCCCCACAGGAGAUACCGCUCGCAGCCAACCAGGAGAACUGCGACAUCGCAGAGUUUAUGAACCAGCUGAGUGACGUGGGACAGGCAUCGCACCCGCCCAACAUGCCGACACAGCUGUCGAUUGAUGUUGGAAAUGCACGAGCGUUUGUUCUAAAACGACUGAACGUGCUAGAGAACACGUUACCUCCCAAACCGAUCAUAAUGGCCAAGAAUUUGGUCCAGGCCAUCUGGGCGGCGUACGAUAACGAGAUGCCAGGAUGCAAUGCGGUCCACUGGGUGGACGUCAUGGAGGCACAAAACCUGCGGUCAAUCUUUGGCUGA